AUGGCAAAGGAGACUGAGCAAGUGCAAGAAAAGGUACCAGAAAAAGUGUGUGAGCAUGAUUCAACUCAAGUCACAGGAAGGAAGCGACCUCCAGCACCCUUCCCGCAGAGGUUGGCUAAAUAUUUUAAGAAUGAGCAGUACAAAAAAUUCAUGGCGAUGUUGAAGCAGAUUCAGGUGAACAUUCCUCUGAUAGAUGCCUUUGUUAUGGUGACAAGACCAAUAGCUGGAAAGUUAUCCAACCCUGGAAGUUUGACAAUUCCAUGCACCAUAGACAACUAUGCUUUUACUAAAGCAUUGUGUGAUUUGGGGGUUGGAAAGUUUGUGUUUCCGGCAGAUUUUGUCAUUCUGGAUUGCCAGGUUGAUGGAGAGAUUCCCAUAAUUUUGGGAAGACCAUUCUUGGCCACAUGGAGAGGUGUGAUUGAUUGUGAAAUUAGGAGCUAA